AAUGCGUCUCCACCCUUAUUAUUACUACAGUUUUGUGCUCGACCUCAUUCUCUAUGAUACUCAACAAAAUCGUGCAUUAUCUUUAAUGAUUGGGAAUAUUCAAUUGAAAAAUGGACAAAACAAAUUACUAGCAAAUUUCCACAAAAGUGUGCCUGUUUUUAAAGCAUUUCCUGGACGUUCUAUUUUUUCACAUUUUUAUACUUUGGUGGGUUUUGAACUUUUUAAUAAUUUUUAA